AAAAAAGUCCAUACAAUUUCUCAAUGGAUCUUUUACUGUAUGCACUAGUGGGGAUCGCUAUAAUUUUUAUAUCGCUAAAUAUUUUUGUUCGGAGUUUUCAAAGAGAUUCCAGAUUGGUUGAAUUUGCUGACACACUCCCAGGUCCUCGGACAGUUCCGUUUUUAGGAAGUUAUAAGAGUUUUUACUUCGGAGAAGAUUCUUUAAAAACGACAGUCGAUUUCCUCCGAAAGUAUGGACACGUCUAUAAAUUAUGGUUCGGUAAACAUCUCGUGGUAGGAUUAUCGAAUGUUGAGGAUUUAGAGACUGUUUUCAUGAGUUCAAAAAUGGUGGCGAAGCCUAAAAUGUUCCAGCCCUAUCAUGAUAUUUGGGGAGAUGGUUUAUUUACCGCUUCUGUGAAUCUUUGGAGAAAAAAUCGGAGAAGAUUUUAUUGUGCCUUCGCCAAUGAUCGAUUCGAUAUUUAUACUACCCAAAUCAAUGAUGUAACUCGCAAUGCAAUUAGUAAAAUGCAAAGUUUAAUUAAUGAACGAGAAUUUAACGCUUGGGAUUUUUUUGUUUAUUUAUCUUUCAACGUAAUUACAAGGACGAUGCUGGAUGUGAAAGAAGAUUUCUGGGAUUCUGAAACAGUAACAAAAUUUCAUCAAAGUUUGUCAAAAGCGCAGCAAAUCAGUUUUGAAAGAAUGUGUGUCCCAUGGUUUCAUAUAAAAUUUAUUGAUGACUUGUUUUAUCGCAGACAACUCGAUGGUAUAAUUGAUUCAAUAUUUCAGUUUUCAAGAAAAGUCGUAAAUUAUGAGAAAUAUGGAAAAAAUGCUAACUUUCAAACAGAUUCAGUGAGAUCAUUUGUAGAAAUUGUUCGUGAAUUACUGAGCGUCAGCAAAGGAUGUGAUGAAAAAAUUGCAUGCGAUGAAAUAUACACGGUAAUAUCUGGGGGUACAAAUACAAAUGCCAGCGUUAUUUCCUUUUUCCUGAUCGCCAUUGCUAUUCAUCAAGAUAUACAGGAUAAAUUGUACCAUGAACUUUACGAUGUAUUCGGUGAUGAUGAUCGUGAUGGCAACCAAGAAGAUAUAAGACAGUUACCAUACCUGGACCAAGUGUUGAAAGAAUCUUUACGGAGGUUCACUAUUGCACCUUUUAUACUUAGAGAAGUUCAGGAUGACAGUAAAAUAGGUGACCGCAUAUUUCCAGCAGGUACCGCAAUUUUAAUCUCUAUUGGAGCUGUUCACUUUAAUCCAGAAUAUUACCCUAACCCUAUGGAAUUUAAUCCUGACCAUUUUAGUCCUGAAGCUGUUGGAAAACGCCAUAAACUUACAUUUAUACCAUUCAGUGCCGCUUCUCGAAACUGCAUUGGACAAAAUUUUGCUAUGCUGGAAUUCAAAUUGAUACUGAGUUCUUUGCUGCGGAAUUUCAGUUUUCAUACAACGAUGAAAAUGGAAGAUAUUAAAUUAAACAUGGGCUCUGUGACACAUUGCAGAAAUAACCUUAAUUUGUCGAUUAAAACUCGAACAAGAAAAACGUUUUAUCAACAAUAAUACCUACCUUAAUGCAUAAUAUUACGCUUCGGUUGUAACCUUACCUACCUACCUACCUAUCUAUCUUUUAUGAUUAAUUGAUCAUGUUUUACAUUUUUUGAGUUUAUCAUUAUUUUCUUGAGAUAAGUAAAUAUUUUCACGCGGUAAAACAAUGUCUUGAAUUGAUAUUAUCCUUAGCAGCAAACGUUAAACUUGAAAAAUUCCGCAUGCAAUGAAUUAUCGUUUGCGUGUAUUUUCGUUGAUAAAUAGCUAAUAGUGAAUGAUAUGGGAUGUGUACCUAUGUUUUAAAUGUACCUAAAUGUUCAAUAAAUAUAUGUAUAUUGUAUAGGUA